UGGUUUCAUGCUUCACCAUUUUCAUGAUCAUUAUCUUUCUCCUCUCACUCUCACUCUCUGCCAUAGCCUCACCUCAACAGAACUACCAUCCACUCAAUUCCCUCUCUUUGCCCGAGCUCCAACGAGUUCAAACGAUACUCAAAGCUCAAAAUCCCCACAAGAACUUGUCCUUACACUAUGUAGGCUUGGAUGAGCCAGACAAGCCACUAGUCCUCUCUUGGCUAUCCACCCGUUCCUCCUCGUCCUCCACCCCGCCACCCCGCCUGGCUUACAUCAUUGCCAGAGAUGACGGGAGAACCCACGAGAUCACCAUCGACUUAUCCACCGACUCCAUCAUUUCCAACACAGUAUACCAUGGCCAUGGCUACCCUAUCCUUUCUACUCAAGAACAAGACAUUGCUAGUAGAUUGCCACAAACUUAUGCACCAUUUAUAGCUUCGAUUGCGAAGAGAGGGCUGAAGUUGGAAGAAGUGUUGUGCGAAAGCUUCACCGCUGGAUGGUUCGGGGAGACAAGGGAGAGCAAGAGAGUGGUCAAAGUUAUGUGCUAUUACUUGGAUGGCACACUCAACUUCUUUAUGAGACCUAUUGAGGGCAUUGUUGUGACUGUUGAUCUUGAUGUGAUGAAAAUUGUUGGGUACCUUGACAGGAUGAUGGUUCCCGUGCCAAAAGCCGAGGGAACGGAUUAUACGAAACCUCUAUAUGAUUCACACAUAAAUGGCUUUAGAAUGAUCCAACCAGAAGGACCUAGCUUCUCUAUAGAUGGACAAGAAGUGAGGUGGGCAGAUUGGAAGUUUCAUGUGUCUUUUGACAUGAGGGCAGGUGUGAUAAUAUCGUCAGCGAGUGUGUAUGAUCAUGAAAAAGGUGAACACAGGAGUGUUAUGUACAGAGGUUUUGUGUCUGAGAUUUUUGUGCCAUACAUGGACUUAAGUGAAGGGUGGUACUUCAAAACUUUUCUUGAUUCCGGGGAAUAUGGAUUCGGGUUAUAUGGUAUAGAGCUGGAGCCAUUAAGGGACUGCCCAGAAAACGCAGAAUACAUGGAUGGAUACUUCAGUAAUCAGGAUGGAACUCCAGGGAAACAGAAGAAUGUGAUCUGUAUAUUCGAACGCUAUGCUGGAAAUGUCAUGUGGCGCCACACCGAAACAGGAAUUGUGGGGGAACAGAUACGAGAAGUUAGGCCGGAAGUGAGCCUAGUGGUGAGAAUGGUGUCAGCUCUGGGGAACUAUGACUACAUUAUAGAUUGGGAGUUUAAACAAACUGGGAGCAUUGAAGUUAAUGUUGGGUUGACUGGCAUGCUUGCAGUAAGGGGAUCUGCAUACACUCACACCGAUCAGAUACAGAACACUGAAGCCUAUGGCAGUCUUCUAGCAGAAAACACAAUAGGGUCACGCCACGAUCAUUUUGUUAGCUUCUACCUGGAUCUCGAUGUGGAUGGUUACACCAAUUCAUUCGUUAAAAACACGUUGAAAACAACUCGAGCGAGCGAGAAGGUAUCGCCUAGGAAAAGCUACUGGACUGUUGUUAGGGAAACAGCUGAGAAAGAGUCUGAUGCAAGGAUUCAGCUAGGCUCGAGUGCAGCUGAGCUGGUGGUUGUGAAUCCUAGCAAGAAGACUAAGAUGGGGAACGAAGUUGGGUACCGUUUGAUCCCAAGAUCCCCGGCAGGCCCUUUGUUAUCAGACGACGACUACCCACAGAUUCGGGGGGCUUUCACUAAGUACAAUGUAUGGGUCACACCUUACAACAAAACCGAGAAAUGGGUUGAUGGACAAUUUGCUGAUCAAAACCGGGGCGAUGAUGGUUUAGCUGCUUGGAGCCUCAAGAACAGGAAAAUAGAGAAGAAAGAUAUUGUGUUAUGGUACACAAUGGGAUUUCACCAUGUUCCAUGCCAAGAAGAUUUCCCUGUCAUGCCAACACUUACCAGUGGAUUCGAGCUUAGACCAACCAAUUUCUUCGACUAUAAUCCAGUGCUCAAAAUAAAGCCUCCCAAACAGUAACUACUUUAUACAUAUAUAAUGGGACUGAAGAUCCAACUUCGACACUUCCCUAUUGAGUGUACAAUAAACAUCCUGGCCUGCUGCUAAAAUAUUGUUUAUUAGUCGUUGCCCUUUCAGGAUAUUGUUUCUUUAUGUUUUUAACCUUUUAACUCCUAUAUAUAGAUAGGAGGCAAAAUAUUAUAUUGUCUUAAUAAGUACUCCUUAAUUGGUAUUUGAA